AUGGUGAUGGCCGUGGAGGACAGCGCGGUGCAGGUUGUGGUUCGGGUUCGACCCCCGACCCCACGGGAGCUCGAGAGCCAGCGGAGGCCCGUGAUCCAGGUGGUGGACGAGCGGGUGCUGGUGUUUGACCCCGAAGAGCCCGACGGGGGCUUCGUGGGCCUGAAGUGGGGCGGCGUCCACGAGGGCCCCAGGAAGAAGGGCAAGGACCUGACGUUCGUCUUCGACCGGGUCCUCGGCGAGGCGGCCAGCCAGCAGGACAUCUUCCAGCACACCACCCGCCGCCUGCUGGACAGCUUCCUGCAGGGCUUCAACUGCUCCGUGUUCGCCUACGGGGCCACGGGGGCCGGGAAGACGCACACCAUGCUGGGCAGAGAGGGGGACCCCGGCAUCAUGUACCUGACCACCAUGGAGCUGUACCGGCGGCUGGAGGCCCGCCAGGAGGAGAAGCGAUUCGAGGUGCUCAUCAGCUACCAGGAGGUGUACAACGAGCAGAUCCACGACCUCCUGGAGCCCAAGGGGCCCCUGGCCAUCCGAGAAGAUCCCGACAAGGGGGUGGUGGUCCAGGGACUUUCCUUCCACCAGCCAAGCUCAGCCGAGCAGCUGCUGGAGAUGCUGACCCGGGGAAACCGCAACCGCACCCAGCACCCCACCGACGCCAACGCCACCUCCUCCCGCUCCCACGCCAUCUUCCAGAUCUUCGUGAAGCAGCAGGACCGGGUUCCAGGGCUGACCCAGGCCCUCCAGGUGGCCAAGAUGAGCCUGAUCGACCUGGCCGGCUCGGAGCGGGCGUCCAGCACCCACGCCAAGGGGGAGCGGCUGCGGGAGGGCGCCAACAUCAACCGCUCCCUGCUGGCCCUCAUCAACGUCCUCAACGCCCUGGCCGACGCCAAGGGCCGCAAGUCCCACGUGCCGUACCGGGACAGCAAGCUGACCCGGCUGCUCAAGGACUCCAUCGGGGGCAACUGCCGCACCGUGAUGAUCGCCGCCAUCAGCCCCUCCGGCCUGACGUACGAGGACACGUACAACACCCUCAAGUACGCCGACCGGGCCAAGGAGAUCAAACUGUCGCUGAAGAGCAACGUGGUCAGCCUGGACUGUCACAUCAGCCAGUACGCCACUGUCUGCCAGCAGCUCCAGGCCGAGGUGGCCAGUCUGAGGGAGAAGCUUCGAAUGUACGAGGCGGGAGCCCAGGCCCCACAACAGGACCUCCCGCGGCCCCCCACAUCGGGCCCUCCACAGCCUCCCCUUUGCAGCUCCUCCCCACCGUCUCCUCUUCCCAGCCAGCCCUGCACCCCAGAGUUCCACUCGGGGCCUGCUGUCCUUCAGGAGGAAAGCCUGGGGGCAGGGGCCCAAGGGGAAAGGGUCAGGGAAGGCGACUCUUUGGACCAGGAGCAGCCCUCAGCUGACAAAGACAGAGGCCCGGCCAAGGAGGUUCCCGUCCUGGUGUCAGCACAGAGCCCCCGACAGUCACUGCUGGAGUCCCCGGGCCUGGCCCUGGAGGCCAAGCAAGUCAUGGGCCACCUCUCGCCACAGGACCUGGAAAGGGGCCGCUCCAGGCAGUUGGUGCUGAAGGUGCUGAGCCUGGCCCGGCGGCAGUACUCCCUGCUCCAGGCAGCCAACCUCCUGACCCCUGACAUGAUCGCAGAGUUCGAGACCCUGCAGCAGCUGAUGCCAGAGGAAGAACCCGGGCCUGGAGCCGAGGCCUCCAGGACUCCUGGCCCAGCCAGGGAGGCACCUCCGGCUCAGGAGCCAUGUUCAGAGUCAAAGCUUCCAGGAUACUCUGGCCCUGUGACCCGCACCAUGGCAAGGCAGCUGAGUGGCCUCGUGCCCAGUGUGGGGGCGCCACCCGAGCCCCACGGCACCUCUGCCCAGGCAUCUCUGCCGUCCGUGGAGAAGAAGAGAAGAAGGAAACUGAGCCCCUCAGAGCAGGACAGUCAACAGGCCCCAAGGCUGGGGACCAAGCGCCAGCACCAGUCCUUCCUGCCCUGCCUGCGAAGGGGGUCCCUGCCCGAGACUCAGCCUUCCCUCGGACCCACCACCCCCAAAAAGGGAAGGGGCUCCUCCCCCUGCCACUCCCCUCGCUUCUGCCCAGCCACGGUCGUCAAAAGCCGGGUGCCCCUGGGCCCUUCCGCCCUGCAGAACUGCUCCACCCCGCUGGCCCUGCCCGCGCGGAACCUCAACAUCACCUUCGACCUCUCCGAGGAGGCCCCCUCCCAGCUGGGCUGCCAUGGACGCGCCGGCUGGGAGAACGUGCCCCCGCACAGGCUGGAUCAGCCCUUCGGCCCCAGUGGACCCGCACCCCUGUUCACCACGAAGGGCCCCAAGCCAGCAUCUUCCCUCCCUGAGGCCUCAGCCCGCAAGAAGAGGCGCGUGGUGAGUUCCGCCAUCUCCCGCCGCAGCCGCAUCGCCCGCCUCCCCAGCAGCACCCUGAAGAGGCUCGCAGAGUCCCUCACCGCCCCCGGUGACCAGCACUGGGGACAGGGAUGGUCCCAGCCGCAGUGA